UCAUGGCGGAAUUAACAUAUAUAUUCGCGCACGUGUAGCGUGCCCGGUUACGUUGCACUUUGUUGCAAUUCUAAUAAUGUGACAGGAGGCCUCGGCCGGGCAAUUCGUUCGACAUCAUUUUGAACAGAUCCCAAAAUGAGCACGAUCUUGGAAAAAAUCGCCUCGAUCGAGGCCGAGAUGGCCCGCACCCAGAAGAACAAGGCGACCUCCGGGCAUCUGGGUCUGCUGAAGGCGAAACUAGCCAAGCUUAGACGCGAGCUGAUCACCCCGAAGGGCGGCGGCGGGGGUGGCGAGCAAGGUUUCGAGGUCGCCAAGACCGGUGACGCUCGUAUCGGCUUCGUCGGUUUCCCUUCCGUGGGAAAGUCCACCCUGCUGUCCACACUUGCCGGUGUGUACUCCGAAGUAGCCGAAUACGAGUUCACAACCCUCACAACUGUCCCUGGUUGCAUAAAGUAUAAAGGUGCAAAAAUACAGCUGUUAGAUCUUCCAGGUAUUAUAGAAGGCGCAAAAGACGGCAAGGGACGCGGACGACAAGUCAUUGCUGUGGCACGAACAUGCAGUUUGAUCUUCAUCGUCCUGGACGUGCUCAAACCGCUCGGGCACAAGCGGCUGAUCGAGCACGAAUUGGAAGGUUUUGGUCUGCGACUGAACAAACAGCCACCAAAUAUAACUUUUAAGAAGAAGGACAAGGGUGGUAUCAAUUUACAAACAAUGUGCCCGCAAACUGAACUGGAUUUCGAUACGGUAAAAAUGAUCUUGUCAGAAUAUAAAAUUAGCAACGCGGACAUCACGCUAAGGUACGACGCCACUUCAGACGACUUGAUUGACGUUAUAGAAGGGAAUCGCGUUUAUGUCCCUUGCAUUUACCUCUUGAAUAAAAUAGAUCAAAUAAGCAUAGAAGAACUAGAUGUUAUUUAUAAAAUUCCACACUGCGUGCCGAUCUCAGCCCAUCACAAAUGGAACUUCGACGAUCUGCUGGAGAAGAUGUGGGACUACCUACAACUUGUUAGAAUUUACACGAAACCGAAGGGACAACUCCCAGACUAUAACGCACCCGUAGUAUUAAAUACCGAAAGGCGAACUGUUGAAGAUUUCUGUAACAAGCUUCACAGAUCGAUUGCGAAAGAAUUUAAAUACGCGUUAGUAUGGGGCUCAUCGGUAAAACACCAACCUCAGAAAGUAGGGAAGGACCAUCUUCUUUGUGACGAGGAUGUUGUGCAAAUUGUGAAAAAAGUGUGAUGUUUUUCUUGUCGUUUCUUGGCAGCACAAAUAAACUUAAUGAGAUUAAUGAUAUCAGGUUUGUAAAAAGAUUAUUGCAUUUUAAUUGAAUAUAAUGGAUAUAUUAUAUACGUACAUAUAAUAUAUAUAUUUAAAUCGCUAUUAUAUUUGAUUGAUGAUGAGAAAACAUGCAAAUGUAACAUAAAUAAUGAAGAACUGUGGUAAAUCUUUGCAACAUUAUAAAUACAUUUGGUUUUAUAUGUG